AUGGCAGACUCUGCCGCAGGAAGCUACGACAACGCCCUUAUUGAGGUGGCAAAUUCCAAUGGAACCCUAGAAGCCACCUCGGCUGACAUCGAAAAGGUGGAGAAAUUCGUCUCGAACCCUAAAGUCUUCUACUUCUUCUUAAAUCCCACUGUCGACAUCGCCAAAAAAC